CCCUCCCCCAAACCACAGCCCGAGCUCGCUCCUGCGCGCGCGCUCUCCCGGGCCCUAGUGAAUAGUCCUCGCGCGAGCGGGACACGGUGGUGGAUGCAAUUCCUCUCGCCUACCGCCGCCCGGAGCUCCCUGGCGCCGCAGGCAGCGUCCUCCUCCGAAGCAGCUGCGCCUGCACCUGGGCAGCCUGGACCUUCGUGCCCUGCCCUCGGGGCCUCGCGCGGGGGGCGCCCCGGGACACCCCCUGCGGGCCGGGUGGAGGAGGAAGAAGAGGAGGAAGAAGACGUGGACAGGUCCCCCUCCCCUACACAGAACACCUGGCUGCGCUGCCGCCACUUCUCUUUAAGGGGGAAGCGCGGAGGGCCGGGGAGAGCCAUGGGGGGCUGCGAAGUCCGGGAAUUUCUUUUGCAAUUUGGUUUCUUCUUGCCUCUGCUGACAGCUUGGCCAGGCGACUGCAGUCACGUCUCCAACAACCAAGUUGUGUUGCUUGAUACAACAACUGUACUGGGAGAGCUAGGAUGGAAAACAUAUCCAUUAAAUGGGUGGGAUGCCAUUACUGAAAUGGAUGAGCACAAUAGGCCCAUUCACACGUACCAGGUAUGCAAUGUAAUGGAACCAAACCAAAACAAUUGGCUUCGUACAAACUGGAUCUCCCGUGAUGCAGCUCAGAAAAUUUAUGUGGAGAUGAAGUUCACACUGAGGGAUUGUAACAGCAUCCCAUGGGUCUUGGGGACUUGCAAAGAAACAUUUAAUCUGUAUUAUGUGGAAUCAGAUGAGUCCCAUGGAAUUAAAUUCAAGCCAAGCCAGUACACGAAGAUUGACACAAUUGCUGCUGAUGAAAGUUUUACCCAGAUGGAUCUGGGUGAUCGUAUCCUCAAACUCAACACUGAAAUUCGUGAAGUGGGGCCUAUAGACAGGAAAGGGUUUUACCUGGCUUUCCAAGACAUUGGGGCAUGCAUUGCCCUGGUCUCAGUCCGUGUUUUCUACAAAAAGUGCCCCUUCACUGUUCGUAACUUGGCCAUGUUUCCUGACACCAUCCCAAGGGUUGACUCUUCCUCUUUGGUUGAAGUAAGGGGCUCUUGUGUGAAGAGUGCAGAAGAACGUGACACUCCUAAACUGUAUUGUGGAGCUGAUGGAGAUUGGCUGGUUCCUCUUGGAAGGUGUAUCUGCAGUACAGGAUAUGAAGAAAUUGAGGGUUCUUGCCAUGGAACAAAAGAAGAUGCCUACCACCACCACUAUUUAACAGAAUGGGGAGUCCUAACUAGAGAAAUCAGAUAUCUUACUAUCCUUUGUGAGAAAAACAUUCUUGAUUUUAUGUCUAAUAACAGUUAUGAUUACGUGGGAAGUCAUGAUAAACUCAACUACACAUGA